AUGCCCAUGACUUGGAACGAAGUCACAGAUGCUCGACUCCUAGUCGGCAUCUUGACCACCACGAACGUGAAAUUGGACAUGCACGCCUUGGCCAAAUUCAUGGGUCCCGGCUGCACCGUCUCCGCCGUCCAACACCGCAUCCAGCGUCUCAAGGACAAAGUUUCUACCUCUGGUACUGCUUCGUCCCCGGCCACUACUACUGCUACUACCAUGACUUCCCCGGGAAACGAGACACCCACUACUCCCACCCCCGCUACUCCCGAGAAAAGAAAGCGUGGUCGACCCCGCAAGAACCCCGUUGUUGGGGGUGGUGAAGCUAGUACUUCUCCUACUGUCGUGGCUGCUGGUGCUGCUAAGAAGCCAAAGGCUAAGCGGGCUAAGAAGGUUGAUGGUAGUGCUACUGCUACUGCUGCGGUUGUUAAGAAUGAGGAGGUUAGUGAUGAUGAUGAGGAGGAGGAGGUGCUUUCUGAGCUUGGUGUUGCGGAGACUCCUGGGGCUGAGGAGGGUGGGGUUGGUGAGGAGGUGCAGGAGAGUCCUGUUGUUAAGGGUGAGGAGGAGGAUGAUGAUGCUUGA